AUGGUAGACCAGGGAAGCGGAGCCGAUGUGACGUAUCCGGACCUAUUCAGGGGGCUCGGAUUGAAGAACGAGGAUCUUUCGAAGUUUAGCACACCCUUGGUCGGGUUUGAUGGUAAAUUGGUAAUUCCAGAGGGGCAAAUUUCCCUUCCCGUGAAUAUGGAGGGCAAGGAGGUAGUAGUGACAUUUAUAGUGGUUGCUUCAUUUUCUCCAUACACGGCGAUCCUAAGAAGGCCGUGGAUCCAUGUAAUGGAGGCUGUUCCAUCAACCUUGCAUGUAAAAGUCAAGUUUCCUAUUGAGCAAGGCAUUGCUGUAGUACGGGGAAGCCAGCAAGUGGCUAGACAAUGCCUGGUCGCCAUGGUCAAUUGGAAGAAAGAGCAAGCUAAACAAAAAGUGCGAGCCAAACGAAAGGAUCUAGUUAGGCAAAAGGACCCGUCUCAGAAGGGGCCCUUUAUAGCAGUUACAGGAUCCCCAAGAAGAAAAGGGGGCUAG